ACGCACUCACUCUUGUUUCAACGCACCGAAACCCUAAUUUCUGUUCGACUUAACGCCUAUACAAUAAUGGACGCGACUCUGUUUCAGUUCAUCAUCGGAGAGUUCGGCGAGCCCAACUGUACUCUUUUGGAUGCUAUACAGAGCACUUUAUACGGCAAUUCCUCAUUCGGUUUGAUGAAUUAUGACGGUCUCUACUGUAACGCCACCACGGAUGAGAUCGGAACUUGCUGGCCGAGAAGCAACUCUGGUCGUAUAGUUGAGCGACCGUGUCCGGAGUACAUCAACGGAGUCAAAUACAACACAACUAGAAUUGCUUAUAGAGAGUGCUUGGAGAACGGCACAUGGGCACUGAAGAGUAACUAUUCCAACUGUGAGCCCAUUUUGGAGGAAAAGAGGAAGUACCCCAUGCACUACAAAAUAGCUCUCAUCAUAAAUUACUUUGGUCACUGUAUAUCUGUUGGAGCUCUAGUUAUUGCUUUCAUUCUCUUCCUGGGCUUAAGGAGCAUCCGAUGUCUUCGCAAUAUAAUCCAUUGGAACUUAAUUACAACGUUCAUUCUGAGGAAUGUAAUGUGGUUUUUGCUUCAGUUGAUUGACCACAACAUCCAUGAGACCAAUGAGCCCUGGUGUCGCCUCAUAACAACAAUCUAUAAUUACUUUGUGGUGACCAAUUUCUUCUGGAUGUUUGUGGAGGGCUGUUAUCUCCACACAGCCAUUGUGAUGACAUAUUCCACAGACAAGCUCCGAAAAUGGGUCUUCCUCUUCAUCGGAUGGUGCAUACCGUGUCCGAUAAUUGUUGCGUGGGCCAUCGGAAAACUUUACAGUGAAAACGAACAAUGCUGGUUUGGGAAGGAACCUGGGAAGUAUAUAGACUACAUUUAUCAAGGGCCUGUUAUUCUAGUUCUUCUUAUAAACUUUGUGUUCCUGUUCAACAUUGUGCGCAUUCUUAUGACAAAGCUGAGAGCUUCCACUACAUCUGAAACAAUACAAUACAGAAAAGCUGUGAAGGCAACUCUAGUAUUGCUGCCCUUGCUCGGCAUAACAUACAUGCUGUUCUUUGUAAACCCAGGAGAAGAUGACAUAUCUCAAAUAGUCUUCAUCUAUUUCAACUCAUUUCUACAGUCAUUUCAGGGAUUCUUUGUGUCGGUAUUUUACUGCUUUCUUAAUGGGGAGGUGCGUUCUGCCGCCAGAAAGCGCUGGCAUCGCUGGCAGGAUAAUCAUGCUUUGCGAGUCAGAGUGGCGAGGGCUAUGUCCAUCCCUACCUCUCCCACCCGCAUCAGCUUUCACAGCAUCAAGCAGACCACGGCUGUCUGA